AUGGCCCGGCAAAGUGAGGCAAUUCACAUUUACGGGAGCGGUAUUGUGUUUCCAAGCCCCCAUUGGACUAUCAAAAGCCCUGCUCCGGCCACUCGCAUUUUAGCUGCCUGUGAACAAAGACAUGACCGCCUGAUAUUGUUGCUUCCCCAAGGUUUCUCUCGCUCAAAACUAUCCAUCAAAUCAGCCAUUGAGUUCAUGAUAUCCAGGAGCGACUAUUCUAUUCUAUUGAUAUGGAUUGAUAUGGAAAGCGACGAAUACUCCGUGUAUGACACCGGAAAUCAUUGCUCUUCUUUGAUAUCGGCCCGGCCCACGAGGAUCAGGACAUGAGUUAUGCGUAACACAGCCUUGGAAAAUUGUAUAUUUCAGGGCAAUUUGAGCAAUAAGGGCUAAAGCGGGAGGUCGAGUGAUUGUUUGCCAUAGUUCAUUCCUAGUGUUUUUGCUUCGAAAGAUAACUUAGUUAUAUCAAAGUUCAUCGAUUCGGGUCAUGAUGCAGUUGUUUUUACAAUAAUGAAUUUCAAGCCGUUCGUUCCCCUAAGCCAGCGACGAGGCUGUGAGUAUACACAAAUUGGAAGUAUAUAAUAUAGAGCCGCUUGAGAUGGAACAUGACCGGGAAGCAAUCAUAUUUACUCUACACGCUGUUGGUUGAGAUAUUUAGUAAAACGAAAACGCGACAGAAAAUGAAACCAUUAAAACAAACAAUCAUUUUUGCCUUCUUCUUCCCUCUGCACGACAAACGUGGGAUGCAUAUGAAAAGCUAACUCGACAUGCGCCACAGUCUGCCCCAUUGCAUUCGGCCCGAUGGUCUGCGGCUGUUUCAACGGACUCCGAGGUUGAAGAUAUGUUCCUGGGGUUUGCAAUCUGAGAGUACGUUACUUACUAAUUGACGCGUGGAUCUACUUGGACAGAGCGAGCCUUUGAGAACGAAAUACGAAAAACGAAGAUCCGGUGUUCUGAUAGUUACAGGAGAGUAACAGCGGCUCACACUUGUCCGACGAAGGAUAAGUACGCUCUAAACGAAGAAAAAAGGCCUAGGAUAACGAGCCCUUGCCUGCAUUCAUCUGGUGUGAGUCUCCCGUACGAAAGGCGGACAGAGCAACAGUUCUUUUUACCCUUGGAAAUUUCGUUUCAUUCAUUUCGUGAAGGUGAGCCUGCAACCGGGAUGCGGGGGUUGUUGUUGCUCACUUGAUAAGAAACGUGGCCUCCAAGCGGACAUUUAUUUAUUUAUUAUAUAGCCCUUGAAUACUAUUUCUAAAUUUCC